AUGUCCAACUACACCUGGUACGUUUUCGUGGACGACCUGUCGUUGUGGUUACAAACCAACCUCAAGGACGGUCACCAACCGGAUUGGAAUGAAUUCUUGAAUGUGGUUCGCCCCGCAAAGGCGCUCCUUUCAGACAGAGCACACAAUGCUGUCGAGAAGUUCGGCGAGGUUGCGCUCUCUGUCCAAGAUCAUUGGAACUUUGUCAACGAUGAGAAUCGCAUGACGCCUCGCGGUAUCGCUGCCUUUGUCCAAUCAACGCUCUACGGCGGGUUUACCCCCGCUGGAAGCAUUUUUGCGACCAUGACCACUAUCGGAACGCUAGGGCGUGAAUCUCCAUUGGCAAUUGCUGGCGCAACUGCCGUUGCGUCCGCGAUCGCUGGGGGGAUGUACUUGGCCACCAACUAG